CUUUGCCCAACAAUAAGUAGCAGUCCUUGAACUAAUCAGGCAACAUUUACGACAGCUCCCAAACUGAGCCGGAAAUAUCGAAAGCAUAUAUCGAUUCAGAAAUUUGGCUCAUAAUGCGGCUGCAUUUGCUGUGCAUUUGGUGGCUGAGCCAAUGUUUGGCUUUGAAAAUAAACGGACAUUGCCUCAGGCAAUCGCUGCAGGCGGAGGCAGCAGCUGAGGCCUUUGCCACACGCCACAUGUGGCAACCAUCGCGGCCAGCCACUGGCUGGUUGGCCGACACAGGCAGCUGCGCGGGCCCAACAGCUUUGCGGCGCACAGCUGACAGCCAUGCGACAGCAGCAGCCAACCAGCUGCAUGGCUCCAAUGCAACAGUCGCCUGGACAGCAGCUCCCGCGGUGAGCACGGCCAAUUAUGUCUAUCAAUGCGCCGCCAAGCGUGUGGCAGAUCCAUCGUCUGAUUUGGCCGCAGCCGCAGCCAAAGCCAAAAGCCCUCCCCUACAGCAGCUGCAGGGGAAACAGCAACAGUUGACAGUGCCUGCAUUUGUGCUGCAGCUGGCCAAGAUUUGGAGCGGAACUUAAGCACUUCAAGAAAUCAAAUUGACAUUCGCUCAUUCAACUAUAUUUUAUAGCAUUUAUAUUGUUGUGCAUCAUGCCAAGUAUUAUAUUUUAAAAGCUGUUGUUAGUUCAAUGUUAAAUAUAGCCACGAUUUAGCCACAAAAAGGCUAUUAAGAAACACA